AAGGAAUAAAGAUAAUAUCGAGUUAUACAUUUAGUAAAACGCUGUAUACUGUUAUAUAAAAAAUAAAAAUCGAAUUUGACACUCAAAUUAAAAUUAUGAGUUCCGUUGUCCAUAAUAGUGCUGAAGCUAAAAAGGCAGAGAGGCUAAAGAAACUUAGAGAUCUGCAUAUAAAACGAAAUGAAGCAAGAGUUAACAACCACCAAGAGGUAAUCGAAGAAGAUAAACUUAUGAAAUUACCAUCUAAUUGGGAAGCAAGACAAAGAAAAGCUGAAUGGUUAAUUAAUGAUGAUAAAAUGAGAAAAGAAGCUAAAGAAAAAGGACAAGAUUAUGAUCGUUUAAAACUUUUAAAUAUGACUGCUAUGGAAGCUGAUGCAAUUGAAAGAAAAAAGAAACGUAAAAACCCUGAUCCUGGUUUCUCUGAUUAUGAACAAGCAACAGCUCGGCAAUAUAACAGGAUGAUUAGUAACAUGAAAGUUGAUAUGGAUGCUUACAAAAGACAAAAAGAAAAACUAGGAAAUGCCUUUUAUGCUGAAGCCAAUACAUAUUUACAUGACAAAAUAAAAGAUUCUAAAGAAGGUAUUGAUAGAAUGGUUGAUGAUCUUGAAAAACAGAUUGCAAAACGCCAAAAGUUCAGUAGAAGAAGAACUCAUAACGAUGAAGCUGAUAUUGACUAUAUUAAUGAAAGAAAUAUGAGGUUCAAUGCAAAGUUAGAACGGUAUUAUGGAGAACAUACAACUCAAAUCAAACAAAAUUUAGAAAGAGGAACUGCUAUUUAGUUGUAGAUUAAUUUUAAGAUACAAUCAAUAUUUUUGUUUUACUAUGUACAGUUAAUUGUAACAUAACCAAUAAAUUUAAUAAAACAAAUGAACUUAAAAAAGAAGUAUGUUGUUAUUAUUACAAAUUACUGUAAUGAUAUAUUUUAGUUAAGAGAUGAAUAAAAUUUUACUUUUUAUUUAA